AUGAGCAAAGCUACCCUCUUCAUGGCAGCUGAGAAGCAAAUGUCUCCAGGGAGGGCAGAAACCAGCUCUACACACCAGUUACACACAGAUCAGAGGGCUCUGCAACCAGAACAGGUAACAGGAGGCUAUCCCAAGCCAUGGCUAGAUCCCAGCGGGACACAGAACACAGCCCACAAAGCUCAUCAGAGCAGAGCAGAGGAAGAAGAAUCUACUGUUCUGCUUGUUUUGGAACUAGAACCUGUACACAGAGGUGUGGUAGGGUGCUUCUCCCUAGGAAAGCAGCCUAGGCUCCAGUUCCACCCCUCUCAGCAGUACAAGGACAGAAAUCCUAAGCCAGGAGGCUUUAGAAAGACCCUGUGUCGUGGGGAAUAUUCAAUCUUACACCGUCUCAAAGCAGCCAUGGGGACAGCGUGGCGGGAUUACAUGUCCAUCUGUGGGCUUCGCACACAUGGAGAGCUGGGCGGACACCCAGUCUCUGAGCUCAUCUAUAUCCACAGCAAGCUGCUCAUCGCAGAUGACAGGACAGUCAUCAUUGGUUUUGCGAACAUCAAUGACAGGAGCUUGCUGGGGAAACGGGACAGUGAGCUAGCCAUACUGAUUGAGGAUACAGAAAUGGAGGCGUCCCUCAUGGACGGGGUGGAGUACCAGGCAGGCAGGUUUGCCUUGAGUUUGCGGAAGCACUGUUUCAGUGUGAUUCUUGGGGCAAAUACCCGGCCAGACCUGGAUCUCCGAGACCCCGUCUGUGACGACUUCUUCCAGAUGUGGCAAGAAACAGCCGAGAACAAUGCCAACAUCUAUGAGCAGAUCUUCCGCUGCCUGCCGUCCAAUGCCACUCGUUCCCUACGGUCUCUCCGGGAGUAUGUGGCUGUGGAGCCCUUGGCCAUGGUCAGCCCUUCUUUGGCCCAGUCUGAACUCAGCCACAUCCAGGGCCACCUAGUUCACUUCCCCCUCAAGUUUCUGGAGGAUGAGUCCCUAUUGCCCCCGCUGGGGAGCAAGGAGGGCAUGAUCCCGUUAGAAGUAUGGACGUAGCUGAGGCUUCAGCCUGGCAGCAGCCACAGCCGCCGGGCUCCAUGGUGCCUGAUCCUUGCCACAAACCCUGAGUUCCAAGGGUAGUGCCCUCUGAUCCCUAGGGAGGGCAUCUCUAAGGAAUACUAGAGAAUCACAGAGGACCUUUACUUGAGAAGUAACUCAAGGGAGCACUCCCAAGCCUGGCCUGGGGAGGCAGGAGAGCAUUCUGGAGAGGUUUGUCCUCCCACCACCUAGUUCAAACCACUGCUCAUAGAAGCCUAACUCUUACUAGGAGGCCUGAGGUCAGGCCUUUUAUUCCAGGAAAAGGGACUCCUGUCCUGGGUCUUCCUCAUCUCACUCUUCCUCCUGCCCUUGAACCCCCUAUGUGCCCCAGGGCCUCUCUCCCUGUCCAUCGCUGCCAAGAUGGAGGGAGAGCGGAGCCACUUUUGACUGCAGUCCCCACCAACAGUGGUGGGGAAGACACUGUAACUGCCUCCACCAGCCUGCUGACAGACACUAACUUUGU